ACUCUCUCUCUCUCUCUCCUCCUUUACUACCAGCUUUACCUUUGUAUUUUUAGUUUUUUUUUUUCUUUAUUUACCUUCUUUGGAGUAUCGCCCAUGGCUUCUUCUUCUUCAUGGACGGCCCCAGCCAUUGCAGUUGGAAUGGCGUGUCUGGCACUGCUAUUACGAGCCGCUGACGCGGCAAGCUGGUGCGUGGCGAGGAGCCACGUGAGCCAGCAGCAGUUGCAGACGGCGCUAGACUACGCAUGUGGGGCGGGUGCGGACUGCACACCCAUACAGACCAACGGUCUAUGCUUUCUCCCAAAUACACUAGAGGCGCACGCUUCUUACGCUUUCAAUAGCUUCUAUCAGAGGAAGAGCAUGGCUCCUGGCUCUUGCGACUUCGCUGGCGCUGCUGCUGUUGCUUCUACUGACCCAAGUUAUGGAUCUUGUGUGUACCCAUCAUCUGCAAGUAAUGCUGGAGGAACGGUGCCCGCCGGCACGCCACUAACGGGUCCCGGUACAAAUACGCCGACGACGACGACGACAACGCCGACGACGAGCACACCUGGGGACACACCGGUCAUGGGAGGAGGCAUUGGUGGAACUGGUGUUGGAGGGUUCACACCACUGGGCCCCACAGUCCCCAACACAGACACUUCAAUGGCUACAAAUCCAUCGUUUGAUUUCAUUGCCCUGUCUUUGAUUUGGGUUGCCCCACUCCUCUUUCCACCCAUCUAAACCGUACAUUUGCAUGACAUUUCUUUUUGAGUGGCUAUAGUUUUGUUGGAGGUUGGAAUUUUCUCAUCUCUAUCUUCAAGUUAUGCUAUCCCUGCAUUGUCCUA